CUUUACCGUCUGUUCCAUCUGGAAUUGUCAAGUAAAAAUAAUACACGUUCACCGUUGCAAACAAACAAUACAACUAUGACACGAAAGUUCUAUUUCCUUCGUGAAGUAAAAUUCUUUUCGAUAUUUAGAUAAUAAAGCAGCGCCUCGUUUAUUCUAGUCGGAUCUACAGCUGUUGAUACGUAAAUUGUUGGUGAAAUAAGUGUCAGUGAAUAUAAUAUUCGGAAAGAGCAGCCUUUGGGCUGAAAAAACAAUAUAUACAAAGAUGAGAGAGGCUGGAAUAAUGUUAAUAAGCACAGCAUUAACAUGUGCUGUGAUAGGCAACGCGUAUUAUCAAAGAAAACAGUUUUAUCCAACAGUAGUUCACAUAACCAAAUCCAACCCUAGUAUGACGGUAAUCUAUACACAAGGAUUGAUUCUAGUAUUUAUGAUAAAUGCUUUCUUUCGAAAGAUAUUUUUUGGUACCCUACGUGCUGCUGAACUUGAGCAUUUGUUGGAAAAAGUAUGGUAUGCAGUAACUGAAACUUGUCUAGCAUUUACAGUAUUUAGAGAUGACUUUAGUCCAAAAUUCAUAGCACUAUUCACACUUCUUUUAUUUUUGAAAUCAUUUCACUGGUUGGCAGAAGAUCGUGUAGAUUAUAUGGAAAGAAGUCCUGUAAUAACUUGGUUAUUCCAUCUUAGAGUUGGUACUCUAUUGGCAUUACUGUUUGCUAUAAAUUUAACCAUGAUUCAUUAUGCUUAUAAUACAACAGCAACAAAAGGUCCCUCAGUGCAACUUGUUUUUGGUUUUGAAUAUGCCAUUCUCUUAACUGUUGUAUUCAAUAUUAGUGUAAAGUAUAUAUUACAUACAAUAGAUCUACAAAGUGAAAAUCCAUGGGACAAUAAACCAGUAUUUUUAUUGUACACAGAAUUAAUAAUUGGGCUGUUGAAGGUUAUUUUAUAUGUUGCUUUUGUCACUUUGAUGGUCAAAUUAUAUACUUUACCUUUGUUUGCACUUCGUGCAAUGUAUUAUACAAUGAGAGACUUUAGGAAAGCGUUCCACGAUAUUGUAAUGUCGCGUCGAGCUAUCAGAAAUAUGAAUACAUUAUAUCCAGAUGCUACGGCAGAAGAAUUAGCUGCUGCUGAUAAUGUAUGCAUUAUAUGCAGGGAAGAAAUGGUGUCUGCAAGUAAAAAGUUACCAUGUAAUCAUAUUUUUCAUACUGCCUGCCUUCGUUCUUGGUUCCAACGUCAACAAACGUGUCCCACAUGCCGUUUAAAUAUCUUAAGACCUGUUAAUAACAAUCAAGGAAAUAGGCAACAAAAUCAAGCACAAGCAGGACCACAAGUGCCUCAAGCUCCACAAGCACCAGGAUUUAAUCCAAUUGUUCAAGUCCUCCCAGCAUUUUGGGCUGGGAUGCAAGCUGCAGGGGCACCAGCAGCUUUACAACAACAGCAACAACAGCCACAACAGCAACAAGUUUCAAAUGCGACAACACAGCAACAACAAGCUCAAAAUAGUGGGCCAAAUACUCCAUCAACCUCAUUUCAAAAUUUGGCAGCUAGUGGUGUACCGUUGUUUCCUCCACCAUUCCCAACUAUGGUACCGUUGCCUCCUAUUCCUACGCCACCGCCGAACCUUACAGAAUUAAGUGAAGAAGAACUUAGAGCAAUGGAAGGUAAUUUACGACAAGCCGUUGAAGCUAGAAUACAAACGUUGCAAAGAAUUCAGCUUCUAUUAGAUGCUGCCAGUGCUAUGAUGAACCAAUAUCAAACAGCAGCUGUUACUGCUAAUAUUCCAGUGCCAACUGCAACAAAUAACACGAAUGUUACAACAGAUAUUUCUUCAAUGGCAAAACAAGGAACAUCUAAAACUGCAUGUCCUGAACUUAACAGUGAGCAACCACAAGAUAACGCUGAGAUGAAUGUUCCUACUGCAAAUUCUCCUAAUGAUAAUGUAAAUACGUUAUCAGGCAUAAACGGUAAUGAUGUAGCUCCAGAAUCAUCAAUUAGGAAUGACACGGAAUCUUCAAGUGAACAAGAAAUGCUACGAAGACGUAGGCUACAAAAAUUUUCAGCUCAUAAAUGUUCGUAAAAUUAUGUGAUAAUUUGUGUAAUAUAAUUGUACCUUGAUCAAUAACAGGCCUGAUUGCAAUUGAUAUUCGAAAAAAGAUGUAACAAUUAUGAUUAAGAGCUUGAAAGUUGAAGUUGAUACUAUGAUAUUAAUAAUCACAAAAUAUCAAAUAAUCAUUUAAAGGAAAUAUGAUAAAUUUUCCUUUUCUUUCUUUUUUUUUGCAAAUUAUUUUAGGAGCAAAAUAUUCAUGAAGCAAGUCAUGCAGAUUAUGACUAGUUCUUAUUCCUUAAAUACUAUGCGUGUAUAUAUCCUUCCUACGAUGUGUUUUUCCGAUAUAUUUCGUAAAAAAAAAUUUUUGUAUCGAUUAAAUUGUUUCUGUAUGCUUUAUCUAAAAGUGAUUUUAAUUUAUCAUUUUUAUCCCACAAUUUUUAUAUCAUAAAAUAUAACUUAUAUAAAACAUUCUAUCAGUCUUGUUUGUGCUACAUACAGGCUAAUGUACAGAUUUUACUAAUUAUUACAUAUUAAGAAUGUUUGUAUCUGUACAUGGGAGUGGUUAUGUCAGUUAUUAUAACAUGACUGUAAAAUAAUUGUUCUAAAUAACUCUCAUUAUGAGUAAUAAAUUUAUCUGUCUAUUUAGUAA